GGAAUCGAAUCGAACUUCCCCCAUUAAAUCCCGUCUCUGUCCCCACUUCAUAUGGCCGCUGUCUCCACCUCGCUCCGCUCCGUCCCGUCGUCCGCUAGCCCUCUCCGCCCCCUCAGACCCUCCCUCUUCGCAGCUCCGGCGCGGCUUCUCUUCUCGGCCGGGAUCCGGGCAGUUUCCCCCAUCCGCGUCGCUGGUCCCAGGAGAUUCUGUUGCAGGGCGACAUCGCCGAUCGCCGGGAUGGCGGAGAAGGGAAAGGGGAAGGUGGAGGUGUUCGAUUCCGAGGAGGAGCUCGCCGUGUCUCUCGCCAAGUACACUUCCGAUCUGUCGAGUAAGUUCACCAGCGAGAGGGGCGCCUUCACUGUGGUCGUCUCCGGCGGCUCUCUGAUCAAGUCGCUCAGGAAGCUCGUCGAGCCACCUUAUGUAGACUCGAUUGAUUGGUCGAAAUGGCAUGUCUUCUGGGUGGAUGAAAGGGUUGUCCCCAAGGACCAUGAUGAUAGCAACUACAAGCUCGCUUACGAUGGCUUUCUCUCUAAGGUUCCCAUACUUCCCGGUAAUGUCUAUUCAAUCAACGAUGCCUUAUCAGCUGAGGGAGCAGCGGAUGAUUACGAAACCUGUCUAAAGCACUUAGUCAAGAGCCGGGUUAUUACAACAUCGGAUAAAACCGGGUUUCCAAAAUUCGACCUGAUGCUCCUGGGUAUGGGUCCUGAUGGGCACAUUGCGUCUCUGUUCCCUGGACAUCCCCUCAUGAAUGAGAAGGAGAAGUGGAUCACUUUCAUUAAGGACUCUCCUAAACCACCACUCGAGAGGAUCACUUUCACUUUCCCAGUGAUAAACUCGUCUGCUUACAUAGCACUCGUGGUUGCUGGUGCUGGUAAAGCCCCUGUGGUGCAGACAGCACUGCGGGAUAGCCAGAACUCAGAGAAGUUGCCGGUCCAACUGGUCUCACCGGAAGGAGAGUUGACUUGGUUCUUAGACCGGGAUGCUGCUUCGAAGCUGUAGGAACAAAGUUGUAACUGAUAUUCCAGGCUUGCAUGUGCGAUGAGUUAGUCUACGGGAGUUGAUCACUGGGGUCUUGUACGGUCUUACCGUUGAGAGGUUCUCUCAUCAUUCGUGGUAAAAAUAAAGCACUACUCGUAAUUGUUCGUUUUCAAGUUAUAUCUUUCUAUUAAUGAAGAAGGUUUUGCUGUGUUGCUCCAUGCUCAA